GUUAUUAGAGUACAUUUUAGGGUAAUUGGUUAUAUAUACUAGAUUAUAAAUGGCGUGUUCGAUAAUGAUGGAAGACGUCAUGGCUGUGUUGACUCGUUUCUAGUGAUGGUGUUGUUUAUUUCGUGUUACUGCCUUGUGCAAUUAUAUUUCAUAUUCACUGUCCGAGGAUAUCGUAUAUGUCGUGUGGAAGACAGGUAUAAUGUUGUUACUAGGCAUUCUGUAGGCAGUAGUUACUCGUGUAAUCAUGAUUCCGGAACCUGUCGAGGGACAUUAUCAAUACGUUGCUUGUCAUCUCUAUGUGCCAGGCCUCGGAAGUCAGAGUCGGCCACUGCUGGGCAAGAACAGGGGAAUACCGAGUCUCUAGACGAGCCAACGAAUGCAUCGUCUGAAUUAGAUAUCCAAACAACUCAACCGCCAACGGUUAAACGCGGCAGGGGCCGACCUAAGAAAUCAGCGCCAGACUCUACAACAUCGGAAAAGCAAGUUGAGGUUACCCCUAUUAGUGACAAUGCUACGGAACCUGUGAUUAAUGAGCAUUCUGGCGAUACUGAAUCAGUGGAAUCACCAGUAAUUCAGGAUGAUGACGCUGUUAAUAACCAAUCGGAUGAUAUACCCAUUGACCCAUUGGAAAUCGGUUCUGAUGUGACCGACGGUGGUGAGGAAUUCCACGAUACGGCAGAUACCGAUUUGCCUGGUGCUGUUCCGGAGGAAGCGGAAGACGAUUAUGACGGCGUGACAUUCGUUAAGAUGCUGGAACAGCAGCUGAAGUCACGUCGUCGUCGGCUUCCGCAGUCCUUUUAUGGUGAUGACACCUACAGUUCAGUGGAUAACGAGAAGCUUCCUGAGGGCUGCAAAAGCCUGAUGGAUUUUUUUAACAUCCCUAAGAAUUUUGAUUUCAAGGCUUUGGUUGAUGUUUCAACACAGAGUUCAUUGUCUGGGAGGCUAGAGGACACCGAUUUAUCUAGGAGUGUUUCAGACCCUCGGUACACUGGGAAGUUUGACGAUUCGUUUUUCGAGCACGUAUUCAAACCCAAGCCUCACAAUCGGCGUUACAGCACUUCAGAAGGCGAGCCUGAAAGCUGCGACCUAGAUCAGGUAUACGACCGCAUAAAGGGCAAGGGCCCAAGUGAGCUAAUGCCGCCUGAGAAGCAGUCCCCUUUGGACCGCAUCGGUGAGAACUACUUGAUGUUUGACGACUAUGGUUACCUUCGUCAUUACAUUUCAGUGCUUAAUCGUUACAACUACCGUGCUCUCAGCAGUCACCACAGACGCGAUACUACUUUGAACUACUAUUUGAACAAUGAAUACAUUCAGAGGAUGCGCACUCAAUUUCCACCACGUCGUGACCAUACGGACCGCGUUCGUGCUCAUUUUAUGGCCAUACUACCUGAGAUAAUGGACAACUUGGUGAAUCUGAUCAGGAACGACCCUAACAAGGACCGUACGCCAUCACCGCCUCUUCACGACAUGACACUAGCUCCUGGUUUCUCACUUCCAGACUACAUGACUGCUGGAUACGAGACUGAUGACGACCGUGAGAGUGGCUUUAAUGAAUCUGACUACCUACGAUUCUCUAGUUUAAAGGGUCUUCAUGAGCCUGAGCGAUAUUUAUCAUACCCCUAUGCGGAUCUAGAGCCUUUGUACCAGCGCCAGCUGCUGUCGCUAUACCUUGAAAUAUUGAAAAGCGGGGACCUAGGCCCGCCUGAAACUUACAAGAAAUUCAAGUCGCAUGCUGCCAGUAUCCGUAACGAGUUAUAUCAAGACCAGACGAAGUUACCUCAGGAGGUUUAUAAAGGCGGCCAAGGCUUGGGUAAGGAACCACUUCCACCAUUGGAUGAGCCAGUAAAGUUCACCAAGGUAUACGAGCGUGGCAGUCGUAAGACCAGUGUCGCGGUAGUUUACCUUGAGCCUGGUAAUGGCCACAUAAUAAUUAACGAUCGUGAUGGAUAUCAGUACGUCCGUUAUUGCACGCAUCGCCUUCGUGAGAUUCUGGAACCCCUGGACAGCAUUUAUGCGUACAAAAGGUUUAACAUCGUUGCCAGGGUGAAUGGUGGCGGUAUUUCAGGUCAGUCAGGUGCCAUCAGACAUGCUUUGUGUCGGUACAUAUCACGGGUUCUGGCUCCCAAAUUAGACUCUUAUCUAUCAAUGCGUGGCCUUGGUAAGGCUGACACGCGUCAGGUUGAGCGCAAGAAGACUAAUUUGCGCAAGGCGCGCAAGAAGGAACACUAUUCCAAGCGUUAGCGGGUGACUUCUUCAUUGCCGCAUCUUAGUUUUUA